AAAAAAAACAAAAAAUGCUUUGUACAUUUGGUUGUGAAGAUUGAAUGAGUAAAAUCUGAAAACCUUCAAAAUGAGUUUUGCAGGUGGGAGAGAUGGAUCUAAAGGUUUCAUGAAGAGGGUUACAUCAACUUUCUCCACUAAGAAAAACAAGAACACAACAAAUGAUCCCAAACCACUACUUCCUCGGUCCAGAUCAACUGGUUCAAACUAUGAAUCCAUGAGGCUACUUCAUGGUCAGGGGAAAAGGGCUCUUCCACAUGUUAACACAAAGAGAACCAAAUCUGCUGGUGUCUCUCCUCAGCCAAGGCGUCAAAAGAUCGAUGAAUCCGGGAAACAGUUCACCAAGCUGAGAUGUUUUGAUGACAGCGAUUCCGUUUGGCUGUCUUCGGAUUGUGCUUCUUCCAGCUCUCUUCUAGGGGAACGCAGAGUCUCUGUGUCGUUUCAUUUCUCACUCGACGAAAGGGUUGUCUCUUGGUUAUCAAAUGCUGCUAAGAAUCAAGGUGACAUCAUCACUACCGCAGAGAAUCAUCAGAAAAGUUCAAAGAAGGCAAAAUAUUCUUCAGAGAAAAACAACAACAAGACUUGUCCAAGUGAAGAGUCAUAUGCGAGUCCUGAGUUGACUUUACAAGAAGAAAAGAAAGUUAGCUUCUCUUUAGAAUCAGAGAUGUCUCUGGAGAAAUCUGCAGAGAUUGGUGAUCCCAAGAGCAAGACUGUUGCGGAGCCGCUCUUUUGGCCGUAUGAGCAGAAGUUUGAUUGGACACCAGAUGAUAUAUUGAAGCAUUUCUCCAUAUCUCCUCGGAGAAAAAAGUCAACGGGAAAUAAAAGUAAUGGUACCUCUCCAAGAUCAAUGAGGGCACAGCUUCAGACAAGAAAGCUGGUUCUCAAAGAAGGGUGCAAGAGAAAGCUCAUGUUCAAUGGUCCUGGAUCAAGUCCAAAACAAGCACGGACAAUCGGUAAUAAGAAAACCAAGAUGAGCAAGAACCAACAACAGCCCAUCAUGAAGAGUUUGAAGAGGAACAAUAGUUUGCCAGCAAGUUUGAAGAGAAACUCGAGGGAGGAGGUACCUGUUCAAGCUGCUGAAGAGAGUGUAGAGAUGUGCAGAAAAACACCUAAGAAGCUUAUCAUGACACGCAGGUCCAGGACUUUCAUAGAAGAUGACUUUGCCUUGAUGAAUGAUUUCUCUAUAGAAAAUGCGGUGGGGCUUUGCGAGUUCAGGGGAAGAGAAGGCAUUGAUUCAGACUUCAACACUGAUGGUUUCUUGUUUGAAGAUGCUCUAUGAAAAAGAUAAAGGCUUUACAGGUUCGAAAACCCGAGACUAUAACAACAUCUGCACUGUAGAUUACGGAAUUCGGCUCCGAACCUCCUGGUAUUUUCAAAAAAACAAAAAUCUGCAUUGGAGACAUUUUUGUUUCAAUAAUUGUGUAUCUGUUGGUACAAGUUUGGGAAU